AUGGUGCCGAGACCAGGAAGCAACGGCACGAGAGCUGACGAGGAAGCAGCCGGCGAAGCUGACAGGAUCCUGCAGUACUCCAUUCACUCUGUCCCGCCCGAUCUACGCUCCCUGGUAGGGACCCUGCUGCCACAAUCCGGAGACGGAUGGGGGAAGACGGAGAUGAGGUGGGCAGCUGCACGUGUGGGCGAGGCAUGGAGCAUGAGUGUGGAGGAUGUGAUAGUAGAGGAUGUGGGGAUGGAAGGAGCGGAAAUCGAGAAGGUGAGGAUGGAAGAUGUGAGAACGGAGGAGGUGAGAGUAGAGUAUGGGGGGUUGGAAGGUGUGAAGAGGGGGGAGGUGAGAGUAGAGGAUGUGAAGAUAGUGGUGACAUUUCAGUGCAGCGAUGUGCCACUCUGGCCUAUCCACAACAAUUCAUCCUCCUCUGCUGCUGGUGCUUCUGCUGCUGCGGCUGCUGCUGUAUCAGAAGUUGCAAAUGCAGAUGGCGCCUCAGCACAUGCAGGCAUGAGUCCAGCAGACUCCGCCACAGCAACGCAGGCAGACGUCAGCAGGGCAAUGAACCGGCUGCUCUUCAACUUCCGCCUCUUCCAGCAGCAGCUCUGUGAGCACAUCUGGGCGGCCGGUCACUGGGCUGACGCUGUUGACCCCCUCACUGGCUACCUCAUGCACUCUGCUUCUGGCAGCAGUGGCAGCAGCGCUGGUCGUAGUGCCGGUGGUGGUGGCAGCAGUGUUAGUGCCGAAUUUGGUGCUGCUGGCAGCAGUGGUGGCGCUGAGUUUGUCAGUACUGGUAUCGGUGCUGGCUGCACGUGGCCGUUCCCCUCCCCCAUCAAGUACAACGAGGUGGACGUUGCCCAGAUCCUCCUCGGUUAUCCUGUUGCUCCCACUGCCACGGCCACCUCCCUCCUCACCACCGCCCCUCUCCCUCUCCUGCAAUCUGCCAUCCGCCACGUGGCAGGCUCUGGUUGGCGCCUGCCAGGCUGGCAGGAGGAGGAAGGGGUCGUGGUGGUGGGACAGGGGACGGGGGAUGGGAAGAUGGGAGGUGUGACAGCAGCGGGGAAGGGAGCGGAGGGAGGGUGUGAGGAAGCAUUGAAGCCCCUUCUUGCUCCCUCCCCCUGCCUUGCUGCUCAAGUCAUGUACCCUAUGGAACUUGGGGGUAUUCCCGAGGGUGUGUGUAGAGGCAGGAGGAGGGAUGGCGGCGUAAGGACUAGGAUGGAGGCUGCUCUUGCUGUGGUGGGCUUGACGCACCUGUUACCAUUUCUGGAGACCAUCUGUCCAGAUGGACUGGUGAAAUCUGAGGAUCGUUUUGGCAAUGAGAGGCACUGUCAGCAGCAAGGUUGUCCCAACAUCAGGCCGUCUCCAGAAUGGUCAGGCAACGCUCGAAGUUGGGUUGCGGGACUUUCUCCAGGGGAGCAGCAGCGGCUUCAGUUUGCAAGAGUGGUGUUUCAUCGCCCGAGGUUGGUUUUCCUGGAUGAGGCUACGAGUGCUGUGGAUGGCGAGAUGGAGGCGCGUAUGGCCCUCGACGAGUCGCACCUCCUUCUGCUGCAGCGACUCCCGUCACGGCUGCUGCCGCAGCACCCACAGCGGAGGACGCGCCGUCAGUCGCGGCCGUCAGGAACGGAAGGGACGCCGCGCCGCCGCCUGAAGGUGGGGUGCCACGCGGCGCAGGGGCGGCGCGACGAGAUGGAGGACCACGUGGUGGUUCUGGAGGACAUAGGCGCUGGGUUCCUCUACGCCGGCGUAUUUGACGGCCACGCAGGUGUGUAUUUGACGGCCACCCGGUGCGCAUUUGAUGGCCACCCGGUGCGUUUUGACGGCCAUCCAGGCGCGUCUUCCGCGAAGUUUCUGAGCGACGAGCUGCACGACGACUGCAUGGAGGCACUGGAGGGCGGCGCGGUGUUGGAGGACGAGGACCUGACGGCCGCGGAGGACGCGCUCGAAGAUGCUUUCCUUAAAGCCGACCAACGGCUGCUGCAGUGGCUGGAGGAGCACAGUUCUGAGCCUGAGUCGGGGUCGACGGGUGAGCCAAGGGCGGAUGUGUGGCGUGGUGGCCGUGUCCCGAGCCUUUUCCGGGCCUCCUUCAUUAUACGUUCCACCUUCUCUUUUAUGUUCUCCCCACCCGUCCCUGUAACUUCCCUCAUCAUUCAUCCCAUACGCAG